UAAGACCAAUGGAGACUAAGAAUGGAAACAUUAUUUUGUAGUUCGUACUCAACACAUUUGUGCCAAUUUAAACGAUUUUUAUGUACUGUCAUGUGAAUAUAGAAAUAAAUUCCAACGAAACAUCAUUUCUAGUAACCAAAACGCCUCAACGUCUAAACGACAAUUAAUUCAUAUAUAAAGCAAUAUUUUAAAUACAAUGAAGUGGCGAAGAUCCGACUGAUGUAAUGUUUUAAAUAAAUGAACGAUAACAAGACUAAUUACGAAAUGAAUCGUAUCGAUUGAAAGUUACUCCAAAUUAUACGAUACAUCGACAAAUGUAGAGAAAAGUCUCGAUUGAAAAUAACAGUAUUAUGAAUGUAAUGUCACAGAAAGCUCAGUUGACAAAAUGCAUCAAGUUUAUGACAUAAAUUGGUAAACGUAAAUAUCCAGUGAAAGUGAUUAAACACUAUGAUAAUGUUAUUUGCCGAUAAUUAUACUUUGAAUGAUUAUGUUGCUACGUCAUACGAAGGGUCAAGAAAUUUGUAAUAUAUCUUUGAGUGAGAUUUAAUUAAUGAAACAUAUUUCACAUAAUUGGUGAAAGAUUGAGGAAAGAUUUUCAAGUGUACCAAAGAGUUAUUAUCAAUUUUAUCAUGUUACCCUGUUACCCAAAGAGUUAUUAUCAAUUUUAUCGUGUUAUGUAAUGCGUUGGCCUAAUACAAAUUAUAAGUUCAUAAAAAAUAUCAAAGUGAUUAUGAAGUGAUUGCCAAAGAUAGAUAAACUUUCUACUAACAUUAUCAUAUUUUAAUGUAAGAAAAAAAAAACAACUUUGUACAUAUGGGUUUCUCAAAGAUGAUAAAACGCAUGUUAUAUGCGAACUUUGCAUCGUGCAGUUCUAAAGCAGUAGGAAUAUUAGCACCAUUAACGAUUCCACCGUUGCAUAUAGCAUUUUUGUAUUACUUUUGGCAAGAAUACUCACGAGAUGUCGAUAAACAGUACUGUUCAUGUUCAUGUUGGGAUACAGUAUUCAAAGGAUCAUACGAGUCUGGUAUUGCUUCUUACAAGCACAUGUAUUUCAAUGCUACCGCAAACAGUUUAAAAAUAUGGAUGAUUAUUGUAAUUGGAGUAAUCAUUUUCUAUGAAACAACGAAACAUUUAACAUGGCUAGCAUUUCAAAAUCGUCUUAGAUUUUGCAUGAUGAUUCUUUUCUCAACUGCUAUUUUUUCGCAUUAUUAUACUUGGUGGGUUUAUAUGAAUUAUUGGAACGAUGAAUUCUAUUCCCAAUGGUACCAUCAGUUGUUUUUCUCUAUCACCGAGUUGAUAUCUACUUUCCUGGUCAUUCAUCUGGCAGAUAGUAAAAAUCCAGUAACUCAUAGAAAAGCAUUUGGAAUAGCUGCUAUAGCUAUUUUACAUAUAGUAGCAGGCGGUUGGGAUCAAUUUGUUGCUAAUGUUGUUAGAGGAGAAGGAUACGCACAUCAGGUCGUACGUGAUCUUGGAUUUAUGAUCCCAGACAUUCUUCAUGUUGCUAUUCCAUUAUGGGCUGUUAAAUGGAAGAACGUAUAUAAUCUUCCUGGUUCGGCCAAACGAGAUCCUAGUAUCAGAAGAGAUCUAGCAUAUAUGUUGGGGAUGAUAUGUAUAGGAUUGUGCAUUUGCGCCAUACUGUAAUUUUGACAGUUACAAUGCCUAAAAAAUAGUGUCUUAACGAUAAAAAGAUCCAUUUGAUUUGAUUUAUUUUCUUAUAGAAAACUGUGGAAGUUAUAUAUCCGCAGACGAAUUUUAUUGAGAAAUACGAAUACCUAUCUUUCUAAUACUUUUCACAGUGCCAGUACCUAGGCUAAAAAUAGAUGCUAUCUUAGUUCGGUGAACUGAAUUAUAAGAUGACUCCCAUUGCCAACUAGUUACUUAAUUUUUGUAGGAUCAACGAUUUUCUUACUUUUUUAUGUUCCAUUUUAUAGUAUUAUUAGAUUAUCUUAUAUGUUUUCAGUUAAUUCCGUUGUACCAUUUUGCUGUAGUAUUAACUAGUAGUAUUAACUUAAAAUACCUGUAGAGUACAAUUUGCUUAUUAUAAAUAACAAAUUCUUUUAGAGUUUUCAUUCCUAAUUUUUUUGUGUGUAAAGCAAUACGGUAUAUUACAUUUUGCCUAACAUGUACAAAGGCUGAACAAAUAGAAAUGUUUAUUUCCUUUUUGACAUUUAUCGACUACGUUAUAAUAUUCACGUAUAUGUUAUGACAUAUUAGAUAAAAGUCUCGUAUGUAAUUUAUACAUAUGCUCAUGAUAAAUAGGAAUUCCCUUUUUUUUUUAAGUGACAAUUUUAACGACUUAUUUAUGUUAAUAUUACAUUACGAUCAAUAAUUUAUUAUUUAAAUAACUCUUUUUACAAAACAUCAAAAUAUAUCGAAAGGCAUAACAAAUGAAUCGAAUGAAGAUACGUACAAAACAUAUGGAUUUAUAUAUUACGUUUUACAAUAAUUGCUUUUUGCUAUAUUUACGACAAUAUAUUUGCUAUAUCAAAAUGUCUAUACAUAUAAGUGCAAAACGGUUCUAAUAUUAAAAAUGGAUACAUAUAGAAUAUUAUUAUUUAAAAAUUUCGUAGUUCUAAAUAUCGAUGAAUGAAAUUAUUGGAUUAUAGAAAUACUUGUAAUAUGUACUUAUAGAAACGUUCGAUUUAAUCGGUCUGCUAGCUUAGUGGUUCGAUCGUUUCUUUUCUAUUUUUUAAUUAGAUAUUUAUCAAUUUAUUGUUGUGUGGGUUUAAAUACGGAAGUUAGAUAGCAAGCAUUUUUAUGGCUAUGUAGUAUUAUUAGUAUGUUUGUUUAAAAUAUACAGUAUUGCCAAAUGCGAUAUGCGAUACUUGAGACUACACGCAAAAAUUGUAUCAACAAAAAACAUAUCAUAUACAACAUUUGUAGUAUGUUUUUUAAAAGUAAAGAUUUAUUAUUACAUAAAAAAGGAAAUGUAUGAAAACGAUCAUUGGCAGCUAUCAGGAAUGGAGUGUCUUCGUUAAUGAACAUAUGGCUACAACAAAGUGCCUAUAUGCAACGUGAAUUAGUUUCGUUAAUAUUUCGAUUCAUGAUAUCAAAUCUAGUGUAUGAAUUGAUUCUACUCAUAUAAAUAGACAUUGAUUAAGAAUUUAAUUUUUAAAAGCAGGACGGCUUUAGUAGCCAUAUAAUAGUGAACUAGUUGUUAAAGAAUUUUUUCUUCAAAGUAAUGAAUACAUAUAUGUACGUAUUAUCGGUUUUCUUUUUUCGCGUAGAGUUGAGAGUGCAAAAUUAUACAAUAAAACAAUUAAACUCAGUAUCACUCUAGGUGUUCAACUUUCAUACAGUUAAGAAACAAACGACUGUAUAAACAGACUACAAGGAAUUUCGUUUUAAUAUUUUGCAUUAAUGAUAAAAUUCUAUAUCACGAGUACGUCGUUUUGUUACUUAAAAUUGAUUAAAAAUUUUGUUAAAUCUAUGUGACGAGACUUUGUUGAGAGAAUAUUUUUAAUCAAUUUCAGUCAUAUUUAUCACUUAUUUACAUUGUACAAUGUAAAACUGAGAAGACAAACGCUUGUCUUCUAACAUUUAAAAUUAGAUUUUAUAAAAAUUGUAAUAAUCACCUAUCAGUAUUUACCUUCGGCAUAUCAAAAAUUUGUGAUAGAAUAUCUUUAUUAUCAUAUGACUUUAAUAUUAUGAAUAAUACACCAUGUAACGUGGAAUAAUCUCUCUAAUUGCCAAUUUAUUAUAAUGGUUUAAGAUUUUGUACGUCCAUCGAAAGGAUUCUAAUUUAUGUUAACUUUAUACAUCUUUUAUAUUAGGAAGGUAUAAUGAAAAUUGUAAACAAUGUAUAAAAUACAGUUUCAAAAUGUGGCGAAAGAAAUAUAUGUAAAUAAAUUAAA